AUGUCAAAUUUGAAAAAGCACAUGGAGAGGAAACAUCCUUUGGUUGAUUUGCAGAUCUAUAAUAGACCACAACAAGAAGAGACACAAACUGUUCAACACUCGCAUGAUUCAACAGGUCACUAUAUGGAUAAUAAUGUAAACAUUGUUUCACUUGGUGAAAGUACUUCUGAAGUAGGAAGUACUAGAGACAUUGUUAGACCACUAAAAAGAAGUCAACUAUCUUUACACACAUAUGUUCCAAAGAAAAUAUCUGCAACUGAUUGUAGGCCAUUUAGUAUGGUAGAAGAUAAGGGGUUUAAAGAUUUUGUUAGGAUGUUAAACCCUGCAUAUAGUCUUCCAAGUAGACAGAGCUUGUCAAAAACUGCUUUACCAUUUGCAUAUGAAAAAUGUUUAAAUGAUAUGAAAUCACAAAUUAAGGAAAAUGCUGUAUCAGUUUGUUUGACAACUGAUUGUUGGACGUCAAUUAAUAAUCAAAGCUUCAUAGCAAUAACUGCUCAUUAUUUAGACCCAGAUUUCAAAUUUAUAUCUGUUUUGUUGGAAUGUGUACCGUUUGAAGAAUCCCAUACUAGUAAGAAUCUGAGUAAUAAAAUCCAAUCGGUCAUAACUGACUGGGAAUUAGAUGAUAAAGUUUUGUUGGUAGUAUCUGAUAAUGCUUAUAAUAUAAAAGGUGCCAUAACAAUUUUAGUUGGUCAUUUUAAAAGAAGUUCGAAUGCAUCUCAUGAAUUGGAUAAAUACCAGCAAAAUUCCGGAACAGUACCUAAAAAAAUAAUACAAGAUAUAGCUACAAGAUGGAACUCGACCUAUUAUAUGUUAUGCCGUUUCAUAGAAUUGGAAAAUGCAAUAAAAGCAACUUUAGCUAUACUCGAUACAAAUCUGCCUACUCUUUCCCCAGAUCAAUGGAAAAUAUGUAAAGAGCUUUGUUUGGUAUUAAAGCCCUUUGAAGAGGUAACCAAAACAGUAAGUGGUGAGAAUUACAUUAGCUCUUCAAUGGUUAUUAUUUUAUACAAUGGAUUAAAAGAUGUAACUGAAAAAAUGUAUAGUAAAAAUUUUGAUACUCAUGUAACACAAGUGGUUUUGGAACUGAUAAAUGGACUUUAUAAGCGGUUUUCAAAUUUGGAAAAUAGUAAUACUUUGACAAUUUGUACAUUUUUAGACCCUAGAUUUAAGCAAUUUCCAUUAUCUGAAAGUAUAGCAAAUCAGACAAAGAAUAAAGUAAUAAAUGCAACAACUGAGAAAGCUAAGAAAAGAGACAAACCAAAAGACCUAAUUAUGACAACUACCAAUAACAUCCAUGUUGAAAACGAUGAAUUUUGUAUUUGGAACAGCUUUGAUACAACAACAUCAAAAAUAACAACUCAAGGAUCUAAUACAUCUAAAGGUAUCAUAGAAGUAAAUAGAUAUGUGGAUGAAGACCUAUUAUUAAGGACAGGUGAUCCAUUAAAAUGGUGGAAAGAGUAUAUAACUAUCCAAAUUUAA